GUACAGAAAGCUGUGCUUUUAAAUGCUAUUCCAAAGCCACCCCUCUUUUUUUUCUAUGCAGAUGUUAAGAUCAUGGGUCUGGGGGCCCAGGACAAGGUGGCUGUCAUCCAAAGUUGCCCUGGCUUUCCUGGCCCACCUGGGCCCAAAGGGGAGCCUGGAAGCCCUGCUGGGAGAGGAGAAUGGGACUCUCAGGGCAGCCCAGGAAAGAUGGGACCUGCUGGCAGCAAAGGGGAGAAAGGCGAUACAGGUGCUGCGUCAUCGCUGGGUAAGCACAUCCCAAAGUGAAAGGAGCUGGGAGACACCCGGUGCCAGAGAGGACCCUGGAGCGGCAAAGACUUGCUGACACAGGGGGUCUUCCUGACUGGCUGGUACUCCAUCCAUCUUCCUGACUGCCGGCCACUGACUGUGCUCUGUGACAUGGAUGUGGACAGCGGAGGCUGGACCGUAAGUUUUUCAACGACAAUGGAUGGGUCCAUCAAUGUCUUCUGAGAUUGGGACCCUUAUAAAAGAGGCUUUGGCAACCUGGGCACGGAGUUCUGGUUGGGUAAUGAUUACCUGCACCUGCUCACAGCCAAUGGAAACCAAGAGCUCCAGGUCAACUUAAGAGAUUUCCGAGGUGAAAUCUCCUAUGCCACGUCCAGCUCAUUCCGGGUGUCUAGAGAACAGGAGAAAUACAAGCUGAUUUUGGGGCAGUUUCUGGAGGGCACUGCAGGAGACUCCCUGCAAACACAGACAAAGCACAACAACAUGCCAUUUACAACCCAUGACCAAGAUAAUGAUGCAAAUAGUAUGAAGAAUUGUGCAGCUGUGUCCCAUGGAGCCUGGUGGUACCAUAACUGUCACCAGUCCAACCUCAACGGGCACUACUUGUCUGGCACCCAUGAGAGUUAUGCAGAUGGCAUCAACAGGCUAACUGGCCAGGGCCAACACUACUCCUACAAGGUUGCUGAGAUGAAAAUCCGGGAAUCUUGGGUGCCCCCACCCUCCACCCACUCCAGCAGCCAUGUCCAGGCCAUGUGGGGACACUGA